AUGAGUAUCUCAUUCCGCGCGCUGUUGGCUCUAGUAGCCCUUUCUUCUAUAUCACUCGCUAAUGAAAUCGGUUAUUUCGAUUCAUCCUCCUGCGCCGAUCCGAAGGGCUUCGCAACCUGCUACGAGAAUGCAGACACCAUGUACUCAAACUGUGUAAACAAAAAUUGCGCUGGGGGAGGUGAAUCAUGCUACAACUCAUGUGGUGGAAGCACAUCCUGCAUGAACGAGCAAUGUCCUGGCCUAGGAAUCGACUGCAUCAAUGCUUGCCAGAGUUGUUGGAAUCGGGUCUACUCUUGCGAGUAUCAAGCUACAGUCCUAGACUACCUCAGCUUCUGUCGCAAACCUGACCGCGAUGGAUUACCGUACUGGCCAACACCGGACGAUACCCCUGAUUCCUGUUCCUGCAACCUCGGUCAAAUCGACCAAAAAGAAUCUUUGAUUACCAAUCAGAUGGAAGAGUGUUCGAAUAACCAGACGAAUAUCGGUCAAAUGAUAACCGACGCUGAUGCGAUGAUUGAGUACGGUCAGGCAUGUGCCUGCUGUGCAUUUAGUGCUUAUAUCUCUGCUAUCUGGGGUACCUGUCCUGACACUCAGCCCUCCCUACUCGCUGCAGAUGAAUGGUUUGCUGGCGUUCUCAAUCCCGGUCACUGGGAAGAAUGCGGACCCUACCUCGAGAAGUAUGAUUGCGCCGGUGAUCUGGGCUAUGGUCGUGCCGACGCUGGUGGAAUCGCCAAAUUCUACCCUCCUAGCAACCUGCCGCCCAAUGGCACGAAAUCCUUGUAUAAUAUGGACGGCAUUAUCUCCACACCUGUCAGUGGCAAUGUUUUAACAUGGACCUUGGAUUCAACAUUGGUGCAUACUGUCACUGUAUCUUCGGCAGAUGCUACUGUCACCGGUACAAAAGCGAGUGGAGGAACUGAUAGUACUGCAAGUACUGCAAAGAAUACUGCGUCUGGUGCGGCGGAGAGUGACGUAAAGCCUGGCAUGGGGUCUAUUUCGAUAGUUCCCUCCUGGGCCAUCGCCGGCAUUGCUGGUAUCUUGAUUUUAUCGACUUUGUGA